AUGAAUAAUUUAGACAAAUCAUUUUUACAUGAAAUGAUCGGAAAAAUAUUUGAAAAUGGUUUUGACAACAAAUAUUAUAAAUAUUAUAACUCACGAAAUGUAGUUUUAUGUUGUCCUGAUUUAAUUAAAACUAUUUUUGAACAUUUAACAAUACCUAAUGAUAAAUUAAAUUUUAAAUUGACUUGUAAAUUUUUUUAUCAAUCUGUUAAAGAUAAGUUUUAUUCUAAAGAAGAAUCUGUAUUAACAGACAAAUUUCAUACAUCUUUUAUCAUGUAUUAUAAUGGUGUACCAAAUUGGAGUGCAAUAAAUGUUGAUGCUAUAAAUAAUAAAAUCAAAAAUAAUUUAGGAAAUAUUAAUAAAUUAGUUAUUGAAUUUGGUCCAACUUUCCAUAUGACUAGAAGUCUUGAAAAAUUCAGUUUUUUUAAAAGGAUUAAAAUAUUAGAAUUUUGUGGAGAUAUUAAUCAACAUCAUUUUACUAUUUUUAAACUUUCAAAAUACCUACAACCGCAAACGAUUACUAUUGACAAUUUUGUAAAUUCUUGGAUUAUUGAUAAGAUUUCACCAAAUGAAGAAUGGUUUUUUCCUAAAAGUAUGAAAAAUUUAACAUUUAAGUGUGAUAAUAAAAAUUGCCUAAAAUUACUUCAGAAAGGUUUGGUAAAUUUUUAUCCCAAUGAAAUUGAUACAUUAAAUCUUUUUGUAUCAUGUAUUUUUUCUACAAAUGUAACAUCUUCAAAUGAUCUUUUUGAAGCAACUAAAUAUUUCAAAAAUGUUAAUAUUAUAUAUUCAGGAAUAUACGAAAAUACUAGUUUUGUCAAACUUUUUAAUUCUACUAUUAUUAAUAGUAAAUAUUCAAAAUAUAACUUUUUUCUGAGGCUUUCAAUAUACAUUGAUAUAUGGUAUCAAGAAAUAUCAAUAAUAUGUAAUAAAUUAUUAUUUUUGUCAUUAGAAACUAAAGAAUAUACUGCUGCUGGUAGAAAGCUAUUAGAAGAAAAUGAAGUUAACAGAAUAUAUUACUGUUUAUCUAUGAUGAAGUCUUUAGAAACAUUAAUCGUUGAUUUUUCUAUUAUAAAUUCAGGAAUAUCAUUUGAAAAAUUUUGUUUGGUGAUUACGAAAAAAUUGAAAAAUCUUCAAUUAGUUAAAUGUCAACAACUAAAUUUAGUAAACUUAAAAAAUAUAGCAAAUAAUUUGAAAAAUAUUGAAAUAUUAUCUCUGCAUGAGGUAGAAUCUGAGGAUAUAACAAUGAUAGAAAUAUUUGAACUUUUUCCAAGAGUUAAUUGUUUGGAGGUAUUUUUUUCUAAAUCAUUUGAAUCUUCAAAGGUAAGCGAUGUCUUGGCAAAUGAAAAUCGCACCAGAUUAAAGUGGCCCAAAACAAUAAUAUUAAAUAUUUUUACACUUUUUAAUGAUCACAACGAAUUAGAGGAAUUAAGGAACAUGAUAAGAAAUACUCCAUUAAAAAGUGGCCAGACAAAUUUGGCAAUACAGAGUUACCGGAAACCUUCUGAAAAUGAUCUACUAAAACUUACAAGAAUAACUUUUCAAAAAUGUUCUGGAUGUUCUGAGUAUUUUAAAGUUUUUAAAAUCAAACAUUUCCCUCAUCAGUAUCGUAUUUUUAUGUAUGAAGAAACAUAA